GCCAAACAAGACACCGCAAGGUUAGGGUUUAAGUCGAGAGCUCCAAGCCAUCCACCUCUUUCUUGAAGAAAUGGGGAAGAAGUCCAAAGAAUCCAAAGCUGAAAUCCCUAAUUCUGCAGCUUCCGCUCCAUCAGGCAAUAUUUUCAAAUCCCUUUUUGGUGGCGGUCUAGAAGAACCCGAUAAUCCAACCUCCGAUUCAAUAUUCUCGGAUUCCAAUCCGUUCCGAAGCAAACCCACCAAUGAAUCUCAAUCAAUUCCUCAAAAACUCCAAGAAGUUCUUCGAUUAGACAUCGAUAGUCCACAAAAGAAUGACGCCAAGAUCCCCGAUGCUGUAAACACAUUGCCGAGCAAGAGGAAAAGGAAAGAGAAGUUGCCGGAAUCCAUCGACUCAGAUGAUUCUGACAUCGAAGGAGAUGUCAAGAAAUCGAAAAAGGAAAAAGGGGUUGUUUCAGAAGGUUCCAAAAGCUCGAGCUUUGAUGAGGAGAAGAAGAAGAAGAAAAGGAAGAGAGGCGAGGUUGAGGCAGAGUACGAAGAAAGAAAAUACGGGGCGAUGGAUGUGGAUUUGAAAGAAGAUGAGGGGGUUAAAGGAAAAGUUGGCGGGAAGAGGAAGGAGUUGGAUAAGGGAGAAGAUCAACUUGUUCCCAAAGAAGGAUUCGAUGAUGAAGAAAAGUUAUUAAGGACUGUGUUUGUGGGAAAUUUGCCAUUGAAGGUGAAGAAGAAGGCAUUGAUGCGAGAGUUUAACCAGUUUGGAGCAAUAGAAUCCGUUAGAAUUCGGUCUAUUCCUUUGUUAGACGACAAGACUCCAAGAAAGGGUGCUAUAAUCAAGAAGAAAAUCAAUGAUGCUGUCGACAGGGUUAACGCAUAUGUUGUUUUUAAGACGGAGGAAUCUGCCCAAGCUUCUUUGUCACAUAACAUGGCAGUUGUGGGAGGAAAUCAUAUUCAUGUGGAUAGAGCCUGUCCACCUCGCAAGAAAUUGAAGGGAGAAAACGCACCACUUUAUGACAGCAAAAGAACUGUGUUUAUUGGCAACCUUCCUUUUGAUGUCAAGGAUGAAGAACUGUAUCAGUUGUUUACCGGUUUCAACAAUCUAAAAGACUGCAUCGAGGCAAUUCGUGUUGUCAGAGACCCGGGUACAAGUUUGGGAAAGGGCAUUGCUUAUGUUUUGUUUAACACAAGGGAAGCAGCAAAUACAGUUGUUAGAAAACAUAAACUGAAGAUUCGGGACAGGGAGUUGAGGUUGUCCCAUGCCAUGAAGUCAAAUCCAACACCGCCGGAAUCAUCGUAUGGCAGGAAGGCGGCGGCUGUGGGCGGCAACACCUCUUAUCAGGGUGUACGAGCCACCAAAUCUGGCGGCGAGAAGAAGUUUGCUACAAGAGUGACUAGACCUGUGAGGAGUGAAUCAAGAAGUGAAAAUGGGGUGAAGAGGAAGGUGCGAUCGGAAAAGAGGCCGGCGGUGUUGGCUAGGAAGGCGGCGGCAAAUGCAGCUAGAAAUGGCGGCGGCGGCGGCGGCAGUGGUGGUGUGAAACGCAAGACAGAAAACCGAACACCACAGAGUAAUGGACAGAAGAAGAAAGCCAGGACAUUUAGAUAGGUGUUAUAGGUUUUAUUUGAAUUUGUUGAAUGAUUAUGUUACAAAGAAUUAAAUUUGAUAUAUCAAUUUCUUUUCAUGAUAUGGUUUUUUCCUUGC